AUGAUCCUGGUAGCUCUGCUGGUGCCUCUACUGGUUCUGUCCAGCGCUGGACAUACCUCAGGUACGAUUGUCACCAGCUGCGAGGCGUGUCACGAACAAGCCGUCUGCCGCACCUCGCCCAUGGCAGGUGACAUCACAUGCACCUGUAAGAAGGGCUUCUCCGGCGAUGGCCUCAUCUGCUUACCUGGCCACACCGCCGCCUCCGACCACCACCACGCCUCUCGCCGUGUCCGCCGCUCCUAUCCCAUCUCCAACACCAACCUUGCCCAUGUCCGGUUCAGCUGCGGCUUUUAUGAGUGCGCCGACGGGGAGGACUGCAUCACGGUCGACGGCAUCCAGCAGUGCGCCAACCCCUGCAAGAUCUACACGGUCCUGAACGACCCGUGGCGUUCCACCAGCAACAACGUGGGCAACAAGCACUGCGACCGCAACGUCCACUGGGACGGCUAUUACCGCAUGUACAUCGGCAACCAGAGCGUGUCCAUGCCGGACAAGUGCGUGGAUUCGUUCAAGUGCGGCACCCAGGCUACCUUGUGGCUGGCGUUUCCUCCCCCCCAGCAGGUGGAUGAAAUUGUCCAGAGUGCAGUCUGCGCCAGCUUCAAUGAGGACUGCUGCUGGGUGCAGUCUCAGCCCAUCCACGUCAAGGCAUGCCCUGGGAACUACUUUGUGUACAAGUUGGUCAUGCCUCCCGGGUGCUACUUCGCCUAUUGUGCAUAUGUGUCAGCUCCCACCACAACACCAAAACCAGUCACAACAACAACAACCACCACAACAACAACAACCACAACAACAAAAGCACCUGUAAAGGUCACCACGACAACGAAAGCACCUGUAAAGAUCACCACGACAACACAAACACCUGUAAAGGUCACCAAAACAACAACUGCACCUGUAAAAGACAACCCAACAACACAAAUACCUGUUACGAUACCCACGACAACACAAACACCUGAUAAGAUCACCACAACACCGCAAACACCUGUUAAGAUUACCACGAUAAUGCAGACACCGGUUAAGGUCACCACGACAACACAAACACCUAUUAAGAUCACCACGACAACACAAACAUCCGUAAAUAUCACCACUACGACAAAAUCACCAGUAGAUCUUGUCACCUCGACAAGAACACCAGUAGACAACAAUCGCACCACAAUAACAACACAGUCACAGGUUGCCACGACUACGCCAAAAGCAAUGUGUGGUACCUGCAGAGCGGGGGAGACCUGUGUGAGCAAUGAUGGGGUCACUUGGCGGUGUGAGAGGCCAGAGCAGCCUGUUUUGCUGCACCCAGCGGUAGUGUGUGGGCGGAGCCUGGUACAGGUGGGUCUCAACAGGACUAACCUGGAGGCCGCUGGUCUGGAUGCCACCACCGCUAACCUGGCCGACCCCCGGUGUAACGCUCACGAAGAGCGUGGCGGCAUGGUAUGGUACCAGGUGGAGCGCACGGAGGGCACCUGCGGAAACACUCUGGAGACAAACGGAACUGACGCCAUCUUUUCCAACAGUUUAUUCAUCUACCACAUUCACGCCGUGUCCUUCAGCCGACCCGUGAGCGUGCCCUUCUCCUGUGCCUACCCUCUGGAAUCAGAGACCAGCCUGGAUGUGGCCAUCAAACCCUACCUGUCGCUGAAGGAUGUCCAAGUCGGUAAGGGCUCCAAAGUGGGCUCCAACAUGACUCUGUACCACAGCGACAACUUCACAAAGGCUUACCCAGCGGGCGGAGUCACCUUGCCGGUGGGUUCCGUGCUGCACGUGGGUGUGUCCGUAGAGGAGUCCGAGACGGAGCGUUUCGUGGUCGUUCUGGAGGACUGCUAUGCCACACAAUCCCCCGACCCUAAAGACAUCAUGCGAUACUACAUCAUUCAGAACAAAUGUCCGACUGAAUUCCGUCAGGUGAGGGUGGAGGAGAGCGGCUCGUCUCUCAGGGCCCACUUCUCUGCUCUGCUGUUCCUGUACCAGGGGGACUACCGGGAUGUCUUCCUGCACUGCAGACUCAGCCUGUGUGACCAGAGGAGCUCCUCCUGCACUCCAGUGUGCAACAAAAGGAAAUACCGCUCUGUCACCCCCUCUGUCCCCCUCGAACCCCUCACCAUCGGACCAAUCACCUUGCAACUGCCCGUGGCCCCCCCUCCACCUAUACCACUUCCUGUGGCCUUCCCUCCACCAUUCCGAGGCUUAUCGUCCACCUUCACCACAAUAUGUGGCCUCCCCUCCAUGGAGUCCACUCUCAUGAAUUGUGGGAAGUAUCUGAGCUUUGUUAUUCUGAAUGUCUCUCUGUCUGAGGGGGACAGGAAGGUGACGCGCCAGAGCACAAAGCAGCAGUAUCCCAUCACCCAAGACAGGUUUGAUAAAUGCAACCAGGUGCUGUGUAAGGAGGGCCUCGACAAGCGUCAUUACCUGGAGGUGGAGUGUCUACACAACGUUCACAUAGGCAUGGCCUACAAGGGAAUCGAGAGGAAAGGAACCGAGUAG